GUGCCAGAUGUACCAAAAGAAUAUUUCGCGGACCCAGCUCGUCUAAUGACUAUCACCUUCUACUACAUGUUGGAUUAUCCCCUCGAAAAGGCGGCUGAGCUGGCAACAUAUCUGUACGAUAAAGCCAAACAGUCACUUAUUAUCGUGGAAACUGACGAAAGAUCCUACCUGGGUGAACAUGCCGUUGCCAAUACUCUAGCUCUUCUCUCUUCCUUUUCCCAUAGCGGCAGGCGAUCAAUAGUUUGUUUUCCUUUUGAUGAAAACCUACUGAUGGUAGCCACUCUGUUCACUGACUAUGUGUAUCUCCACAAUGAUGACGGAUUCUCCCAGGAAUCAUCAGUCGGUUGUCUGUGCUUCAUCAUAAGCGAGAUUUCCUACUCUAUACAGGCCUACAUGGUGACAGACGACGAUGACUGCGCGCGUCUUAUUAUUCGGCGAGGAUUUGGUCUUCCUGAUCGUCGUUCCGGUAUUUCGUCAGCUCGGCUUGGCGGUCUGUAUUUCAUCGUCGAUAUUUUGCUGGAGAAGAUUCAAUGGCGCCGGACCCAGAAGGAAUCAUGGAGCAGAUGA